CUCGGCACGGACCAAUAGCGCAUUUCUGUCGUGGGCUAGUGAAGAAUGGAUAGCUAUCGCUGCCGCCCUGUUCCGACCUCCUCGUAAAAUCGGCUCGUUUGAAAGAUUCCAAUAACGAUCAGUGUUCACGGAGGCGGCUACAGACUAAACGCCCAAAACUGUUCUGUAAGUGAAAAGAAAGCCAGAGAUUAUAAGUGCUGGUACAUAUGAGAAAAAAGUAAGCAAGUUUUCUUUGCCGGGCACCAGGAGACGCAUUCAUUACGAAGCCUCGGCUCUUUGGGGAUCGAUAUAAAUAUUCAACUACUCAGUGUGUAAACAAGUGGUGCUUUUACUGUUUGUAUAUUUAACUUUCUGGCGGUGGAAUAAAAAAAACCUAAAAAACAAAAAUGGAAAGCCAUCCUUCGAAUUUCAUAAGACUCUUAUCACUGGUUUACCUCUGUGUAACCGUCCAUCCUGUUCUGGCAGGUAAAUGUUCCGGCAAAUGGGCCAUACAUGCAUGUUUUGGUGGUAACGGCAAGCGAUCAGAUCCAACGCUAACAGAUAUGGAAGACAAAGUGAGAAGCAACCUCUUGAGAAAUCUUCUGUUAAGGGGCUCGUAUCAACCAAAUACAUUUGUGGACACUCAAAACGAUGCCCAGAACAGCGUGCUUAAUGAUUCGCCAAGUUAUAGACAUUUCGAGGACGAUAUACCUGCUGAAAGCCCGCCAAGCGUCAGUCGAUUACAAUCCAUGCUGCAGCUCUUCAAACUUGAAAAGAAAAUGAGACGCGAGGCGGAAGGACUCGAAUAGACGCCAGCUCUGCUCCGUCGACCAGACUGAAGUAAAUCCAAACCUGCUGUAUUAUCGGCUGUGACAAGGCUGACUGACAUUUUGUCCGGGCACUACUAGAACGUCCUCGCUAAUAAAACAUAUUUUAUCGUA